UCUCCCAGCCGGGCCAUGCUGAAUUUCGCAUCUUCCCUCUACCAGCCAGCUGAGGAAGGAAAAGAGAUGAUUACUGAAAAGCAAAACAAUAAUAGACGUUCCUGGAACAAUACCGCUGAAAAGAGUGAUUUUGAAGCCGUAGAAGCCCUUAUGUCUAUGAGCUGCAACUGGAAAUCAGACUUCAAAAAAUAUGCCGAACUGAGACCUAUAACACCAGCAUCUGAUAUGUCAGAAGAAACUGAUGAUAACCUGCUACCUGGUGCAGCUGACUUUCACGCAAUACCAGCAUUUUGCCUGACUCCACCCUACAGCCCAUCUGAUUUUGAGAUGUCUCAAGUAAUUCAUCUGCCAGCAGCAGCGCCAUCUGCUGUACAAUGCAGAUUAUUCACUGAUAUUUCAAAGCCUGUUCCUUCAGCAAUUUUUAAAGAGACUGAAAAGUCUCCAGCAUCCAGACCAAUGAAAGCUCAAGCAACAAGUGUUAUUCGCCAUACAGCUGAUGCUCAGCUUUGUAAUCACAGAACAUGUCCAGUGAGAGCAGCUGGUGUGUUGAAAUAUCAGGACAAUACUUCAAAGGAAAUAAAUGUACAGAAUAAUGGAACUGCAAAACAAAAUCCACCUUGUGCAAUUGUGUCACCAAACAGAGCAACUUACAAAAGUGACAAACUGCCAGUUUUAGAAGAAAAAACAAGUACAGCACUAGCUGUCAGUCCAUUGUCCCUGAUCCAGACUUCAACCAGUAAACCUCAGCCUGUUCCUGGAUCAGUACAGCAGUCAUCCACGAUAGUAUCUUCACCUGCUGUGCAAGCGAGUGGUGUCUCACCUGUGCCAGUAAUUUGCCAGAUGGUUCCUCUGUCUACUAACAACUCUGUUGUGACAGCAAUAGUGCCCAACACUCCUUCUAGCCAACAAUCAACCCUUUGCCAGCCUAUGGUGUUCAUGGGAACUCAAGUUCCUAAAGGUGCCGUUAUGUUUGUUGUGCCCCAGCCAGUUGUGCAGAACACAAAGGCUCCAAUCAUUAGUCCAAAUGGCACUAGACUCUCUCCUAUUGCUCCUGCUCCAGGUUUUACACCUUCUGCAGCAAAAAUCACUCCACCAAUUGACUCAUCAAGAAUAAGAAGCCACAUUUGCAACUAUCCAGGAUGUGGAAAGACUUAUUUCAAGAGCUCUCAUUUGAAGGCCCAUGUGAGAACACACACGGGAGAAAAGCCUUUUAGCUGUAGUUGGAAAGGCUGUGACAGGAGAUUUGCACGAUCUGAUGAACUGUCUCGGCAUCGCAGAACGCAUACCGGUGAGAAGAAGUUUGCUUGCCCAAUGUGUGAUCGGCGGUUCAUGAGGAGUGACCAUUUAACAAAGCAUGCACGGCGGCAUUUGUCAGCUAAGAAGCUACCAAACUGGCAAAUGGAAGUGAGCAAGCUAAAUGACAUUGUUGUGCCACCUGCAUCUACACCUGCACAGUGAAAGAACUCCUGAAAAGUUACCGGAACUAACUGUUGUCACUAUGGUAUACCACCAGUGAUGUAUAAAAGCUCCUAUUCCAGGUCUGUAGUUCUUCAGUGCCAGCUGUUGAUGGCACUACAGCAGAGAGGCAAAGGCAGUCUGUGCUUGGUCACAGGAAAUGCUACUGAGAGAACCAGCGACUAACAAUGGAAUGUCAGGUUUCUUUUCAACUUGGUGAAAAGAGAAAGAGGUUGAAGGUUUGAGAGCAGAGCAGCACAGGUAGCAAAGGGUUUUGAAUUUAUGCAGAUUACUUGUAUGUCUAUAGAGUGGUCAGACAUAAGUCAUGCAGAGCUGUUGGCUGAUGUUAAUGCUUGAAACCAACUGAAAUUACAGCUUUCAAAGAUGUAAUGAGUUUUCAGUAGAGCACAAACUAGAGAGAAAUAUCAACGUAUGGUACAGACUUGUUGAUCAGAAAUGCAUCUGUACAAGAGAUGGGCAUUGAGGCUCACCACUUGAUACAGUAUUUAAUGUAUCAAGUAUAUCAGUCAUGCCAGUUUUACAUUACUGUCCAAAUAUGGAAUAGAUUGAGUGCUGCCAUGUGGCUAGAGAGAGCCAAAAGUAUCUAAAUCCCCAUUAAUUUAUUAUAAUAUAGAAAGCUAAUACUAUUUUUGCUAUUCCUCUUGAAAGCUCAUGCUUAUUACAAUAGGUAAUAUUUAGGCAUCCUAUGAUGCUUCUGCUUUCAAGUUGCUUAUGGUUUCCUUUAUACCUUUCAAAAUUCCAUGCCACUGCAUUUUUCAUAAACACUGAGACAGUAUAUUGUUGUUGUUUU